CAUCACAGCAACUCUCACACCAUCUCUGAACGAUCCCUCUAAAAUCUCCUCGGCCUUUCGCCCACCGCCCGUGCAGACCGAACCUCCCUGCGCUCCCCGCAACCCCACAACCCCCACAACCCCCACAACCCACCCCCCAGUCCACCGCUCAACGCACCGCACGCACGCUCAAGCAAUGGCGCUGAGGAUCACGACCUGGAAUGUGAACGGCAUCAGGAACCCCUUCGGUUACCAUCCAUGGAGUCAGAAUAAGAGCUUCCGGCACAUGUUCGAUACGCUGGACGCCGACAUCGUCUGCUUCCAGGAGACCAAGAUCCAGCCGAAGGAUCUGACCGAUGACAUGGUGCUGGUGCCGGGCUUCGACUCGUACUUUACAUUCCCGAAGCAGAAAAAAGGCUACAGUGGAGUCGCAGUGUACACGCGGAAUUCGAAAUGCACGCCCAUCAAAGCCGAGGAAGGAAUCACGGGCGCCCUGCAAUCGCUGUCGCAACCCGGCAAAAGCUACAGACUACUGGAACCCGACGAGUGCAUCGGCGGAUAUCCCGACCUGUCGAAGGAAGAGGCGGUGAAACUCGACAGCGAGGGCCGCGCCCUCGUGCUGGAUUUCGGCGCGUUCGUGUUGAUCGGCGCGUACUGUCCUGCCGCUACAGAUCCCUCCAGAGAUCACUUUAGAGCUUGUUUCGUCGAGGCGCUGUGUACCAGGGUGCGCAAACUCGUCAAUGAUCUCAAGAGGCGGGUGGUGGUCGUCGGGGACCUCAAUAUCGCUCGCGAGGAAAUCGAUGCGUGCGAUUCAAAUGAGACCAUGAAGGAGGCGGGAAUGACAGAUUGGAAGGAUACCCUUACGAGAGCCUCGCUGGAUCGCUUGUUACUGCCCCAUCCUAGCGGUGUGGUGUAUGAUCUCUGCCGUGAGCGAUAUCCGGACAGGACCGGCAUGUUCACAUGUUGGGAUGUAAAGAAAAAUAAGAGACCGGGAAAUGCAGGCUCGCGGAUUGACUACAUUCUGUGCUCCCCCAAUAUGUCGAAUUGGUUCGGCGAGGUCAACAUCCAGGAAGGAUUGAUGGGUUCUGACCACUGCCCGGUUUUCGGCGUCAUAAACCCGACCGUCGAUGUCGAAGGCACCCGGAGGAGCAUCAUCGAUUUGUCCAGUCCCGAAGGAAAGUUCCGUGACGGUGUGCUACAGCCAUCAUUCACAGCCCCUCCCCUCCCACGCCUGUGCAUGAAGAGGUUCCCUGAAUACAGCCAGCGUCAGAACAUCAAGGGGAUGUUCGCCAGGAUGGCAUCUACAGCCAAGAGGCCUGCUAGUGAUAUCGAGGACAACCGCCCGACGUCCAUCAAGAACCUGAUCAACCCUCCGGACGAGGAACCGACUCCGACGGCGCCGCCAGCGAAACGUGCCAAGAGGUCGGACAACUUAUCCAACACCGCAAAGCCCAAGGCCGCGUCGAAAACUGCAACGAAGAAUACGAGGUCGAAAGCUCAGUCUACUAGGGGGGGGGGCAAGCCUCAACCAGGCAUCCGCAGCUUUAUGCAGCCCGUGGCGAGUGCGCUCGGCGCAGGUUCCGGUGUUUGUCUGGGUCAACAGGAUGCGUCUCCGAUCCAGUACACACCAUCCACACGGUACAGUCCAAUCGCGCCAGCACCGCAGCCGAACGAGCCGAACGAGCAUCGGCCUGUCAAACAGCCAUACAAUCCACCGCCCGAGCACUCAAACGCGAGCACUACGCAACCCGAUCCACGCGAAUAUGCGCCAGCCGCAACCGCAACCGCAACCGCAACCGCAACGUCGAAUUCUUAUGACGUAUAUACUCCAGACCCAAACUCUGGUUCCUAUGCUUCUAGUUCUAGUGCCCCACCAAUCAGUUCGCCCGACCGACCUGCCACCGCUACAGCUACCGCCGACCUCAUCGAUCCCGUCGAAUCCAUGCAGCAGUGGAAGGCGAUCUUCACAAAGAAACCGCCGCCCCUCUGCGAUUUUCAUAGUGAACCGUGCGUCCAACGCGUCUCCGGCAAGCCGGGUGUCAACGGCGGCAGGGCAUUUUGGGUGUGUUCCAGACCGAUAGGCCCCGACGGAGAGUCCGCGGCGAAAUCGGGUGUAAGGAACGAAUGGCAGUGUAACUUCUUCAAGUGGUGCGAGCGCGAAGGCUAACCUGCAACUAACCAUACAUACAUAUCGAUUUGAUCUGGUUUGAGCUUCUCCACAGUUCAUCUGUUCAUGCAUGCAUUUCCCUUGUGCCGUGAUGAUUGCGGUAUUGUUUUUGCAUAUGUCUGUCUGUCUGUCUGUGAUGUCAUGACGAAUUCUUUUCCCGUUUCCUUCUGUUUUUUUGCGGUUGUGGUUGCGAUUACGAUGGGGCUGCACAAUAUGUGUUCCUUCUUUCCUGGGUUUCAUUUUCCGGUUGUUUUUUUUUACUGCACUUUACUUGGUUGACUGCACUUUACUUUGCUCUACUUGGUGGAUAUUGCUUGUAAUAAGCUCUGCGUACAUAUCAACAGCUACUAGACCAGCUACUUCGCUGUUGCUUGCAGCUUCAUUCCCACCGGCGGCGGACAGCGGGCGGGGGGAACGGGAG